AUGUCUACCACCCAGCAGCCUCCGAUUAAGUGUUGCUAUCAAUCCGGCUGCUACUGGGAUCAGAAGUCAGACACCGAUACCCAUCGUACGCACAUGCAGAAGCAUGGUGAAGGGGACUUGGUCGAACACUGCAACAUCGUCAUGAAGAGUGGGAUCGACAUCGAGAUUCAUAAGAAGAACUGUUGCAUCUAUAAAGCUGCCAUGGCUCUUGAGAGACAGAAGAAGGCUACCAAGUCCGCGCCUGUGAAGUCUAAAUAG